UCAGACAGAGGUGGAUGAGGAGGACUUGCUGUGGAAAGUUGAGCUGCCUGUUGCAAACCAUGACUUUUUACUGGAUACUUCUCCUGUUAUCUGUGGUUGUGGCCUCUGUGGCGGAGCGCAGUUCCCAUCGGACUAAAAGAGGGUUACUUGAGCUGGCAGGAGCCAUCAAAUGCAGCACAGGGAGAUCUGCUUUGGCUUACAUGAUGUACGGAUGCUACUGUGGGCUGGGGGGUCAAGGUUGGCCCAGAGACAAGGCAGACUGGUGUUGCCACAGGCACGACUGUUGCUAUGGAGAUGCAGAGCUUCUUGGCUGCCAAACUAAAACAGACCAGUAUCAGUGGACGUGUGAGGACGGGAAAGCUGAGUGUGAUGACUUGGAGGACAAAUGUGAGAAGUUUCUGUGCAAGUGUGACAGAGAAGCAGCAAAGUGUUUGAGAAAAGCACCUUUUAUCCGAAAGUAUGCUCUUUGGCCUGAUUUCCUAUGUGGCUAUGAGCAUCCCAUGUGGUCGCACAGCUAG